GGCCAUGAUCCUAGGAUUAUUUUCUCUAGUGCUACCAAUCUCGCAGCCUUCCCUCAAACUGUUGGAGCCUCCAUCAUCUACCCCCACGCUCAUUUCUAUAUGAGAGCUGUGGCAGCCUUUCCCUCUUUUUGUUGCUCUAAACAUUUCAUUUGGGUUUUCUCCUCUCGCGAGUCGCGCCACAUUGCCACCACCACCACCGGAUCUGCUUAGGAGAUCUCACUUUUGAUUCAGUGGCAGGCCUCCCUUUAAGUAGAGGCUGCAGGCAGGGUAGCUCUCAUUCUUGUAGGUUCCCCCGCUCCUGGAACUCCGCGAUCAACACACCAAGCCUCCAUAGCCCUAUCAGCAGAGACGGAGCAAGGCACUGAAGGUAUAUAGGGGUUGCGAAAGGGGACCAAAAAAGCAGGCAGAUAUGAGCGAAUCCUGGCAGAGGUCGAGGCCAUGGCCAAGGGACUCUGCGAUGACGCCGUCCGAGCCGGAUGCAGCCGCGGACGCGAGGGCCGGCGAGGCGUCGACGCUGAGGGACUUCGGCACGUCGAUGGACGCCAUCUCGUUCGGGUUCGCGGCCACGGCCAUCCUCAUCUCCAUCUUCCUCCUCAUGGCCAUCUUCGAGCACCUCAUCAAGCCCCAGGCCUUCCCGGCGUCGCACAGCUCACCCGGUCACCGCCGCCGUAACCAUCGCUCUCCCGGCAAACUACAGAGCCCGCCCAUGGUAGAGACGGUGAUGCAAACAGUGGACCUGUCGGUGCUGAUGCCGGGGCAGCGGUACCCGACGUACCUGGCGCAGCCGGCGCCGCUGCCUCGGCCGCCGUCGUGUCCAAGGGAGGGGGUGCAUUGGCCGCCGCACGACCACCACGCCUCCUACAUGCCACCCUGAAGAGUCGACAUUCCAUCCGAUCCGAGGAGCACAUCUUAGAACAUGUUGUACAGCGGAGAGAUUGUAAAAUGCAGCAGAAAUGAGCAGAGUUCCGUACCAUCCCUGCACUGAGUGUAAAAUCUCGCGUGUAAUUUGGGCCCAACCUUAGACCCGUUGUUCCUUUAGGCCUGCGUGAACCGUUGCCUUAGCAAACUCGUACCGUUUAGUUGGGCCUUGAAUUGCGACCUACAUAACCAUUUAUGAUCCAUUCA